GCAAUUAUUAUUCAUGGAUUAACUAUUCGAGUUUGUAAUCCAAUGGCAUCUUUACAAGCACGUGAUUUACUUCCAUUGAUUUCAUGUGCUGUAACAAUGAUUCUUUUUAUUUUUUAUAUUGGUCUAGCAAUGACAGUUUAUACGAAAACAACAUAUGAUGAUGAAAAACAAUCUUAUCAUAUACUAAAUCAUGUUCGAAAUACUACAUCAUUAGAUCAGUCAUAUGAAAGAAUGAAACGAUGUGUAAUUAUUUUGCUUUUAUCGUGUGCAACUCAGGGUGUUGGUUGGCUUCUUGGUCCAUUUCUGAGGUUUGUUAGUGAAGACACAGCAAAUGUUUUAGGAUGGUUUUUUAAUAUAUUCAAUGGACUUGAAGGUGUUUGGGCAAUUAUUUUAUAUAUAAUAAUUCUAUCAAAAGGUAUAGAUGAACGAAAACUUGUGGUAGGUGCUGGAGAAGUAAUGAAACCAACAGAAUCAUUAUGUCAUAAAUACGAAAAAUGUAGUGGGGAAGAUAAUGAAAAUGAAGAUCAUAGCAAAAAAGAAGCAACUGAAAUUAAUUAUCAGAGUACUGGAAAUAAGGCCUGA